AUGGACAAGAGAAAUGUGGAAGAAGCUCAAGCCCGAGUUAACAUAUGGAAUUAUGUAUUCGGCUUCACCGACAUGGCCGUAGUUCGAUGCGCUAUUGAUCUUGACAUACCCGACAUCCUCGAAAACCAUGUGGCCGAUAGUCCCAUGACUCUCUCCGAACUAUCCUCAGCCAUAGGCUGUCCCCCUUCCACCCUUCACCGCAUCAUGCGAUAUUUAGUCAACCGUGGCAUCUUUCGCGAAGAGCCUAUAGAAAUCGACUCUUCCAAAUCAAGGGGCUAUCUCCCAACUCCUAUUUCUCGUCUCCUCACAAGAAACCAUAACAAAAGCAUGGUCUCAUUCAUCCGGAUGGAGAGCAGCCCGUUCAUGUUGGCACCCUGGUUGGGACUAAGCAAACGCGUCCUAACGGAUUGCAAAUCCCACGCGUUUGAAGUAGCCAAUGGCAAGGAUGUAUGGAGCUACGCUGAGGCAAAUGCCGACGAAAGCAAGAUAAUCAACGACGCGAUGGCGUGUGAUGCAAGGAUCACAGUGCCAGCUGUCAUUCGAGGAUGUGCCGAGGUUUUCCAAGGAUUGGAGUUAGUUGUGGAUGUUGGUGGAGGGGAUGGCACGACGUUGAGUUUGUUGGUGGAGGCUUUUCCGUGGAUUCGUGGCAUUAAUUUUGAUCUCCCACACGUUGUUUCCGUCGCAAAAGAAUGCGCUGGUGUUGAACAUGUUGCCGGGGACAUGUUCGAAGCCAUUCCAAAAGCAGAUGCAAUUUUUAUAAAGUGGGUUCUGCAUGACUGGGAAGAUGAAAAGUGCAUCAAGAUCCUAAAGAAUUGUAAAGAUGCUAUUCCGAAAGACAAAGGCAAAGUUAUAAUAGUAGAAGCGUUGGUUAAAGAAGAUGAAGUCGAGAAUGAGAAGGAGAAAGAAGGAGAUGAUCUUGAGUAUGUGAGACUAAUGUUGGAUAUGGUGAUGCUGGCUCAUACUGAAAGAGGUAAAGAAAGAACUCUAAAAGAAUGGGAAAACAUUCUCAACAAGGCUGGCUUUACGAGGCACACUAUACAUUGCAUUCAAUCUGUUCAAUCUGUGAUCGUGGCUUAUGCUUGA